UGCCUCUAGGGUGAGAAGUCGCUGUCUAUUGCUACCAUUCUGCCUCGUUCACUCGUGGUAGAGCCGUCCGGAUCUUUUGUUGGGAGGAUAAUCACUCCUUUUUUUUCUCCCCUGAUCAUCUCCGAGCGGACCAUCAACCUUCGCAGCAUCCAUUCCAUUGAUCGUCGCGAUUCUUGUCGGUGAAUAUGUCUUACUACGAACCUCAAGGUUGGCAGGCGCCCGCUGCGCGCCAGGUAUCUUGGGAGCAACCUGCUCCCCCAUCUCGUUCGGGAUCGAGCUCUGUCUCUCAACGCGACGAAGUUCCUGCUUUUUCCUCUCAGUUUGACGAGGUGGAUCGUGCUAUUGACAACCUUGUCAAGAGCGGAAAACUGUGGUCUGCUCCUCGGAGGGACUCGAUGCCCAUGAUGAUGGGCCGCCCGUUUCCCGACUAUGAUCCCCGUGUGUCCAAUACCAUGUCCCAGCGUCACCACUCGAUUAGCGACUUCGACGGAGCCAGGAUGCACCCGAACCCCAACCUUCAGGGGUUCUAUGCCUCCCAACGUUUUCAGGGACGCCCAAAUGAAGUAGAGCACAUGAUGCAAGCAAAGCGUCGGAUGGCGGCACAGCGUGAAAGGGAGCUCCGCAACUAUCACCAGGAGCAACAGUACAACCGAAGCCUGCUUGCCGAAAUGUCUGGAAACAAGUCCGAUCGUUCGCUCAGUCCGGCCGCCAUGAGCGAAGAAAGCCGUCGAGAACUCCUAGCUCGCCAACAUAGGGCUUUGUACGGCAACGAAAGCCCCGCCUUCUUCCCUCCUGGCAGCUUUGCGGAUGACAACCCACGAUCUGAGAGCCACGGUGGCGGUACCCCAACAUCUGCCACUGGUGUCCGUGGCCCGUCCCCGCGUGGUGUUGAUCCUUUCGGGAUGGCCCAGACCCCGGUCCAAGGUAGUACUGAUAACGUUGCUCAAGCUGGCGCGUCUCUUCAAUCCCCUUCUCGCGCGACCAGUACGUCUUCGCCUAGCUCGGGCAUUAACCCUGUCUUCGGCAAGUAUGACAACGCCGAGCAACCGAUGACCUCGACCUCGUCCCCCGGAAGAUCCGACUCGCCCUCCGCGAGGCAGGCGCAUUCGAAGCCAGCCAGCGGUCCCAUUGGCUCCGUGGGCCCUAUCGGUUCUCGCCCGGUCCAGCCAGCGGGUCAAGUUCAGGCUGCCAACCCGGCUCUGAACAAACGCUCCACGACACCCCUGCCAUCUCCUCUUGGUUUCGGCUUCACACCAGGUGACGCAGGCGCAACCAAUGAUCGUUCGGCCUCGUCGGCCUCGAACCCUUCCACCUCCGCUUCUGCCGGAACUCCCGGUGUGAAAGAGUCUAGCGGUGGUGUGGCACUUGGCUGGGGUAAUGGCGGCGGCGUUUGGGGAUCGAAGAACGGACUGGGCGUCCAAGCCUCCGUCUGGGGUUGA